AUGCCCUCUGUGGUAAUCCUCCUCUUCCUUCUGCCAGUUUUCUGCGGUGCCGUUGAGGUGAACUGCUCCCAGCCGGACCAGCCCAGACUCCUGGCGGCUCUGUCUCCUGCCUUCGACAUGAGCGCCAUCCGACCCGUCGAGAACCAGAAGACCUACACCAACGUCAGCGUGUACUUCACUCUCUACGGGAUAUUAGGAGUGUGGUGGAAGAAUGAGUUCAUCAGUUGGGAUCCAGUCCAGUGUGGCACCGACAAGAUUUCUCUUCCCAAGGAAAAGUUUUGGAUUCCAGAUAUUGUAAUCAAUGAAUUCAUGGAGGAAAAUAAAGCGCCAUCGGUCCCAUAUGUUUACCUGUUUAAUGAUGGAACGGUGAGGGAUUCGUUUCCUGUCAGAGUUGUGAGCUCCUGUAACCUCAUCAUCUACACUUUCCCCUUCGACAUACAGAAUUGCUCCCUGACUUUCAACUCCUACAUCUACUAUGCCACUGAGAUCAGAGUUUUCCUCGGGCGUGACGCAGAUCUAAUCACAGAGUUCUCCAAAGAGGUGAUGACCACCAUGGGUGAAUGGGAGCUGGUGGACAUCACCGCAAAGAAACUAGUGAACGAUGAUGUGACGGUGCGGCGCCGUGCCACCAUGUACGUGGUGAAUCUGCUGCUGCCCAGCUGCUUCCUCAUCACAGUGGACCUCUUCAGCUUCCUGCUGCCUGCUGAGAGCACAGACAGGUCCUCCUUCAAGAUGACCCUCAUCCUGGGCUACACCGUCUUCCUGCUCAUCAUGAACAACCUGCUUCCAGUCACUGGAAACACCAUACCUCUGAUAAAUGUCUUCUUCUCUCUCUGCCUGGCUCUGAUGGUGGCCAGUCUGCUGGAGACCAUCCUCAUCACCAACCUGCUGAGCAACUCGGCUGACUUCUCUCCCGUCCCUCGAUGGAUUCGGAUUCUUGUUCUCAAUUUUCUCGGCUGUCUCGUUUGCAUGCCGCGAAAAACUGAGAAACCAAAAAAUUCAGAAAAGAGGACGAUGUCAGUGGCUGCAGAAAUGAAAUCCGAUAAAAGGAUAAAAGGAACAGGAGGAUCAGCUGAGGAAGAGGAGGCCGUGACGGAGCUGAAGAGCCUGAGCCGCGUCCUGCAGGCCAUCCGCUGUGAGGUGGAGCAGCAGCAGAACGGGAAGCAGAGCUCUGAGGAAUGGAUCCAGUGCUGCCUGCUGAAAGUCAAGCCUUCUAAGCAACUAUUCAUCCUCAUCUCUCUGCUGACUCUGGCCCCGUUCAACUCCGCCGUUCUGAACUGCUCCCAGCCGACUCCAACUUCACUGCUGAGCUCUCUAAAGCCAGUGUUUGAGCUGAACGCCAUUCGACCUGUAAUAAAUAUGUCGGUCCCAACCCAAGUUAGAAUUUCCUUCACUCUCUUUGGCAUUUUGGGAGUGGAUGAGAAGUCCCAGGUACUGACAACUUUCAUUUGGGAAUCUUUAGCGUGGAAUAACGAAUUUACUAUUUGGGACCCAGUGGAAUGUGGUGUUGAAUGGAUUGCAGUUGCACGAAACCUGCUCUGGGUGCCAGAUAUCGUCAUCAACGAGUUCAUGGAGAAGAACUUAGCACCAAGCGUCCCGUACACCUACCUUCAUUUCAGUGGUCUUGUUUAUGAUAGCUUGCCUGUCAGAGUUGUGAGCUCCUGCAGUCUCAACAUCUACCUGUUUCCAUUUGAUAUUCAAACUUGCACUUUCACUUUCAAUUCCUACAUACACCUCAGUGAUAGUAUACAACUUGAACUUAGAGACACAGACCAGGACAUAUUUCAGGCAUCGAUAGACGAAAUGGCAACCAUGGGUGAAUGGCAGCUAGUUGGAAUCAAAUCAGAGAAGGUGACAGUGCCAAUCCUAGAGGGGUCCUCUUAUGAUGAGCUUCACUUCUAUGUCUCUGUUCGGCGCCACUCUACCAUGUAUGUGGUGAACCUCCUGAUCCCCAGCUGUUUCCUCAUCACUGUGGAUCUCUUCAGCUUCGUCCUGCCCAUCCAAAACAUUGACCGGUCCUUGUUCAAGAUGACCCUCAUCCUGGGCUACACAGUCUUCCUGCUUAGCACCAAUGACCUGCUCCCUAUCACUGGAAACACCAUCCCUCUCAUCAGUCAGUUCUUAGAAGCUCUGCUGGUUUAUUUUACUGCAUGUGAAGAAUGUAUCUGUUGUUAA